AUGGAUUCUACGAAUCCAUAUAGUCAAAACUCCAACUUUGUUGAUCUGUUGAACAGUCAACAAGAUGGUUUCCCUCCUCAAACCUAUUUUCGUGAGAGUUGUUCACAACUCCCUGUUUUUAGUACUCAAUGUACUGAACCUUCAAGAAAUGAGCAAAAAGCUGCUGCUUUCUGGAAGCAUAUAGCUGCUUACUUUGCAGCUAGUCCAAAGGUUCAAGGCAGUGAAAAGCGAGGGUUUAUCCAGUGUAAGCAGAGGUGGCAGAAGAUAAAUGAUCUCGUUUCCAAGUUUUUUGGUUCUUAUGAGGCUGCAACAAGACAGAAGACAAGUGGAAUGAAUGAGAAUGAUGUAGUUAAACUAGCACACGAGAUCUUCUUCAAUGAUCACAAGAUCAAAUUUAAUCUUCAACAUGCGUGGGACGAGCUAAGGUAUGACCAGAAAUGGUGUGAAGCAUCUAGUAGUAAGAUUGAUGGAAGCUAUAAGAAGAGAAAGUGUGACGAUGGUGCUCAGUCCUCAAGCUCUUACGCGACUACCAAUGAUGCUGAGCAACGUCCUCCUGGUGUCAAGGCAUCGAAACGAGGAAGUGGUAAGAGAAUCGGUGAAGCCCUCAAGGGUGUCUCUGAGUUUCAGAACUUGUGGGCAAUUAAGGAGAAAGAUUUGGAAGUGAAAGAGAGACUGUCCAAGAUGGGGCUGCUUGAGACUCUCAUUGCCAAAAAAGAGACACUAUCUGACUUUGAAGAAGCUUUAAAAAAGAAGCUUAUUACAGAAAUGUUGGGCCGCUCAGAGUAG